AUGGGCGGUGGAAUCUCAUCAUCUGCGAAGAAAGAAAAACAGUCACCAUUCCGUUACGGUGAACCCGACAAGUUGAAAUUACCCAACAGUGUAGAGAUCGGCGAUGGCCACACCAGUAUAUGUGUAGCAGCACAUCCCAACAAGAGAUGUGUGUGUUUUCUUCUCGUAACACACCUUGAAGAGAAGAAGAAAGAAGAAAAAGAACAGGAAACUGAGGAAGAAGAGAAAAAAGAAGAACAAGAGAAGGAGGAAAAGAAGAAGAAGAAGAAGAACAACAACACCACUCCUGCAUUUGUACAGUGGACAUUCUAUAAUGACAGUAAGAAAGAUAAUGUACGUGUGAUUGUAACCUUUUUGGGUACCUCCGACGGUAUUCAAACAGUGAGUCCAACCACAGAGAUGGACCACACAAGUGAUGGGAGUCUGCGAGUAUCGGCUGUAGUCCACGCAGGGGAAACCCUGCCUUUUGUGAAGGGAUAUGUGAAGGCGUAUUUACUUAAAUGUGAAGAAGUGACAGAAUAA